UCCGGCCGCCCGGCAGAAAAAUAAGGCUUGGCGCAAAAAGUCCAAUCAAUUGGCCGUGACCGCGCCUUUUUUCCCCUUCAGGACUGCGCUCAACAAUUCUACGUUAUCCCUCUGUUCAAUCUAACCGCUAUGAUGUUGGGAGGGGCUGGCCUGAAAGGGCGCGGCAUUGUGCCGGCCAUUGCCCGGCAGCGAUUGACUGCUCGAUUGAUGUCUUCAUUCCGUUCUCAGGCCUCAGGAUUCCCUGCGCAAUAUGGGAGAUCGAACCAAUCGCUUGCUGGAAACCUAUCCUGGAGGCCGGUAUCCUCCGUUCAUCAAGUGUUGGCCCCAAGGUUCAACUCAACCGCUUCUGCUCCGGCUGCCGCUGCCGCUGCCGCAACUACCAGCGACGCUGUAGGCACGACGACCGCACCCGCACCAGCAUCUGACCUUUCUGAUUUCGAUAUCAACGCUAUCCCUGAGAAGAUUGGAUAUCUGAAAGAGCUAGGACUCGACUAUGGCUGGGGUUUCUCGUCCACGAUCGAAUACUUCAUUGAGCAUUUCCAUAUCUGGGGUGGUUUGCCUUGGUGGGCUAGUAUUGUUGGAACAGGGCUUUUGAUCCGGUUGGCCCUUUUGAAACCAAUGCUUGCUGCUGCAGAUGUCUCCGCCAAAAUCAACAAUGUGAAACCCUUAGUUGCACCCAUCCGGGCUAGGAUGACGGCGUUUGCACGAGAAGGUAAAACUGCGGAAGCUAUGCAAGCGAGAGCGGAGGUGGAGAAAAUCCAUGCUGAUCACAAUAUCAAUGCUUACAAGUCAUUUAUACCAUUGAUUCAAGUUCCUUUUGGGUUUGGUUGUUAUCGAGUUGUUAAGGGAAUGACUGCUUUGCCAGUGCCGGGAUUGGCGGCGGAGUCUGUUGGCUGGAUCAAGGAUCUCACGGUUGCAGAUCCGUACUUCCUGCUGCCGGCUACCACAGCCUUCGCCAUGUAUCUUUCUUUCAAGAAAGGUGGAGAGUCCGGUUUGAAUGAGAUGUCGAAGUCACCUCUCGGCAUGUUUUUCCUGUACGGAAUGCCUGCCAUUUCCUUCGCGUUCAUGUCGUUCUUCCCUAGCGCUCUUCAACUUUACUUCCUAUCGACCGGCUUGUUUGCUCUGGGACAGGCCUACCUAGUUUCUUCUACCAGCUUCCGGAAAUUUGCCAAUAUCGCCAUCCCAAACAAGCCGGCAACUUUGGAAAUUACGCCCGAGGAGCAAAAACGAUCGAUUCGUAUGCUCGAAGAGGCCAUUCAAUCUGAUAAAAGAGACGAGGUCAUUGUAGCGAAGCCGGGUCAGGAUGUUAGUUUCGUUGACCGUACGAUCGAUAACGUCAAGAAAAGCUAUGGCAACCUUACAAAUGAUAUGAAGGAAAAAAUAGACACCGCGAUGGGCAAUGAACCCAAGAAGAACGCCGACGGGUCGUUAGCCGAAACCCCUCGACUCAGUGAAAAGGAUCGCAAACUAGCAGCAGACUAUGAGCAGAGAAGGAAAGAGGAAGAUGACUGGAAACGAGAGGAGAGAAACCAUGCGCGGAGAAUAGCUCACUUGAGAGCUCUAGAGCUCGAAAGGGAGAAGGCUCGUUCUGCGUAUAAAAACUCCAAGCAAAGGUGAGCACGAGGUCAAUGCCACACACUCGGCCAUCUACAGAUCCAGGAUUUAUUUCAUUGUAUAAUAUGGCGUGUACCAUUCAGCUCUGUUUUAUGUGUUACUUAGAAUGAGUCGGAUUGAAUAGAACAUCUAUCCUCUUGAUUUGUUCAUCGGUUUUGGAGGUUGCCCGUCAGCAGGUCCGAUCCGAUGUUUCAACAACCACUCGAUAACUUUUUCUUUUCUGUUAGAGAGGCCAACAAUGUCACCAUUUAGUACAGAAUACUAUGCAAAAGCCAGUUACUAAUGAGAACCUACGUCAGAGGACUGACAAG